UGUAUCAUGGCAACGUCACUCUAAAUAUUUUGAAGGGAGGUAAGAAACCGAUAGAAAAGGCUUGGUGAACGAAUGCAGUGCAGGUCCAAGUAAAAGAUCAGAAGAAUAUUAUAUGUAAAAUAAACAAACAAAAAUGGCAGCAGUAUUACCUCAAAAGCCCCAAGGGACUUACACAUUUGCAAGUCAGCCGAGGGCUGUUCAACAAAGAAAGAAAUACAGAGAUGGCAUGACAGCUCCUGCGGAACAGCAAAGUGCUGAGGGUGUACCAUUGUAUGGUAACAUAAUGUAUGACAGACGUAUUGUCCGUGGAAACACGUAUGCCCAACACACAUUACCUGCACAUGCACAGCCAGAUCCAAUUGAAAUUCAGAGACAACAAGAAAAUAGAAGACGUGCUAUAGCUAGAAAAAGGGCAAAAGAACAACUCCGUCCACGAUCUCCUGAGGCUGUAGAGGGAAGAAAACACAUUGAUGUUCAAACAGAACUUUAUUUAGAAGAAUUAAGUGAUCGUGUGGAGGAAGCUGAUGUUGAAGUGCAAACAGAUGCCUUCUUAGACAGACCUCCAUCACCAAUGUUUGUCCCCGCCAAAACUGGUGUAGACAUAAUGACACAGAUAUUAGAUGGAGAUUUGUUUGAUUUUGACAUUGAAGUUAAACCAAUAUUAGAAGUGCUAGUCGGUAAAACAGUAGAACAAGCUUUAUUAGAGGUUAUGGAAGAGGAAGAGUUAUCUAACCUGCGGUCGCAACAAAGAGCCUUCGAGGAACUGAGAAAUGCUGAAUUAGUAGAACAACAAAGAUUAGAGGAGCAAGAAAGAAGACACAGAGAAGAAAAGGAAAGACGGAUGCGACAGCAAAGAGAAAUUGCAAAGAAAGAAAAAGAAACAUCAGAUAAAAUUGCCGCCCGUGCAUUUGCUCAAAGCUACCUCGCAGAUCUGGUCCCUACAGUGUUUGGUACACUAUCAGACAAUGGCUAUUUCUAUGACCCAGUGGAAAGAGAUUUGGAACAAGGUUUCAUGCCAUGGUUAAUGGAUCAAGUAACAGAACAAUUGAAAAAAUCAGAACUCGGCAGAAUGGUGCUUGAUGGCAUUUUACGUGAGGUUGUCAGUAAACGAAUGGACUUGUAUGCCAAAAUAGGUCAGAAACCAGCAGUAUCUGAACAACAGGAACAACAACAGACAGAAGAAAAACCCCAAGAUACAACACAAAACGCUGUGCCUCCAUCAGCAUCAGCCACAUCAGAGGGUGAAAAACCAGUGGAACAAGCUGAAUCGGAGCAAAAGGCAGAUGAGGGAGGGGAACCAGAACAAGAACAACAAGCAGAUGAUGAUGCAGGUGGAGACGAUUAGAAUGCAACAAAAAUCAUUCAUGCAUGACAAUUAUAACAAAUUUUUAUGGAAUAUUUAUUUCUUAUCAAAACUUAUUUUUUGUGGAAAAAAAACAACUCAUUUUAGUGCUCAGAGCAUACCAAUAUUAAAAGCAGGGCAGAACUUUGUGGAAACAAAUUUUGGCAGAGAAAUUGAUUCUCCUUUUACAUUUAACUUUCAUGAAAGGAGAAAUUAUGAACUCUGAAAAAAAAUGGUUUGUGAAAGAAAUGUCCGUUUGAGCAUGAACAGGAAAAGUAAAGAUAAAUAAAUUGUUAGCAAUGUUAUUUAGCCUUUCGAAGAUAGUUAAUAUUUGUAGUGAAGUACUGCCAGAAAAUGUGUGAUAUAAAGUUUAUAUUUCGUCAUAUUUUUACAUUUCUAAUUAUUUAUCAUAUCAGUUUAUUCUUGUCUAAUAUACAUUAUAAAAGUAUGAACCACAGUAAGUUAAUAAAAAUUAGUUAUCUGGGUAUCUUUUUAUCAAAAAUUGCUUUCUAUAAUUUUUUUUGAUUUUUUUCGUGUUUAAAUUUCAAGAAAUCAUGUUCUAUGUCCUUUGAUCCUUUCUAUAUCAGCAAUCACUAUUAUUUGUCUGAAUUGUAAAAAUGAUGAGCAUAUUAUGAACAAUGUUCUUUUGGGCGACUUGUAGAAAGUCUCAAGUAAUUUUUAUAACGAUUGUAAUAAAGAAAUAAAAAAUUGCAAAUACCAAAAGAGUACAGAACUAACAUGUUUUAUAAAUGCCUUGUCUUGGUCUACAACCCAGUACCUGUGAUCCAGUUUGUGUAUAUAUUGUUAAAAAAUAUGUUGUCUCUGUGUUUAUAUACGUUAAAUUUAUUAGACCGUCCAAUUAUUUAUAUUUAGAAUCUAUAAUAUUUAUCUUUAAAUUUGCUUCAUUUUGUUAUCUAUGAGUUGAGAGACAACACUGGUUUUUAUUUUGUCACAAACUAUGAAAAACAACGUUUAGAAGAAGCAUGUGUUAUAAUUUAACAUUUUUAUAUUUAUAUUUUAAAUGUUGGUAUACAAUAUGCUCAAACUGAAAUUACCAAAUAAAGUAUAAAGUUUGAA